UUUAAUUAAGUUGUUUUUUUUGGUAUCUGUACUUUACUUUACUAUUUUUUAUUUUUGACAACUUUUACUUCACUACAUUCCAAAAGAUAAUACUGUAUUUUUUACUCCAUACAUUUUCCCUGACACCGAAAAGUACUCAUUACAUUUUGAAUGUUUAGCAGGACGGGAAAAUGGUCCAAUUCACACACUUGUCAAGAAAACAUCCCUGGUCAUCUACUGCCUCUGAUCUGAGAACUCACUAAACACAAAUGCUUUGUUUGUAAAUUAUGUCUGAGUGUUGUAGUGUGGACCUGGCUAUCCAUAAAUUUAAAAAAAAAAAACAAGAAAAUGGUGCCAUCUGGUUUGCUUAAUAUAAGGAAUUUGAAAUUAUUUAUACUUUUACUUUGGAUACUUAAGUACAUUUUAUCAAUUACAUUUACUUUUGAUACUUGAGUAUAUUGAAAACCAAAUACUUUUAGACUUUUACAAGUAGUAUUUUAGUGGGUGACUUUCACUUUUACUUGAGUCAUUUUCUAUUAACGUCAGAGGUGUAGACUCGAGUCACAUGACUUGGACUCAAGUCAGAUUCGAGUCACAAAUAAGAUGACUUGCAACUCGACUUUGACUUUAACACCAAUGACUCGUGACUUAACUUGGACUUGAGCCUUUUGACUCGAACUGACUUGAUACCCUCCCCAAGCCCAAAUAUAAAAAAGUAUGCUCUUUAAAAAAGUGUGCAGUGCAUCAACUCUUGAUUUAACGGAUUACAGUUUGAAUCGGACAGCAGCCAAUCAAAUUUUGCCAGCAGAGAAAAAGUUGUGCGUGGCAGUGCAGAGGAACGUUGGUGGGUGAAUUCAGAUGGAGCCCUUGGAAAGAUGAUACUCAAAAUUAUUAUUUUCGGAUAUAACAAACAACAGAUUGCAACUUGCAACACAUGCAGGAAGAAAAUGACAGAUGGAGGCGCAAGAACUUCCAACUUUGUUCGACAUUUGAAGCUGCACAAAGAACGCUAAGUGAUGGCCAAUAAAGCCGACAGCUAUAUCAUUCAUAACUUUGCUUGUGUAAAUGGUUUAGUGUAGCAUGUUGGCUAACGUAACGUUAAAUCCAUGAGCCUCCACACAGUCAGUCAGUGCGGGAACGUGAUCAUUGCACCCAAGAUUAGCUACAACUGGUUAGGCAGUUGGUAGUCUAAAUCCUGCCUGAUGUUACUGCUGUUCCUAAAGCAAUUGACAUACAUUAGCCUACUGUAACCACACACACAGUGUGUGUGUGUAAGGUUGGGCGAUUGUGUACAAGCCUACAUCGCCCGAUUGCGAUCCUCGAUCGUCGAUCGCUAUUGGGAGGGGGGUGCUUUCUUAUGGCUACCCAUGUAUUCCAUGGAAGUAUAGUUUAUUUGGAAAGUAAAAAUAUAUAUUUUUAAAGCAUUUAUGACUUGGAACUUGAGUGCUAAGACUUGAGACUUGUGACUUGUAAAACAAUGACUUGGUCCCACCUCUGAUUAACGUAUCUUUACUUUUACUCAAGUAUGACAAUUGUGUACAUUUUCCACCACUGCAAUUAAGUGCAGGAAAUGUAGAAACGUUAAAAUUGCUGAAAUGUGUUUUGGUUAAAAUUGAAUUGAAGAGUAAAAAACAAUCAGAAUGGAGAAAGACUCAUUGAAAUCACUUAGAAUGUAUGUGUUGAUACCCCAGGAUCACUCACUACUCAUAAAGCAAAUGUACAACUUUUAUUAUUCAAAAACUAAAAAUACGUCAUACCGUCCAAUUUUUAAAAAAAUACUGUGAUAUAAUAUUUUGACCGUAUCACCCAGCCCUAAUCUCUGGGUCUGGGAGUGGGUGUUAGGCAGUGCGCAGGUCGCACAUUUACCCUGGUUACCACAGUUGCCUGGGGGUGCAGCAUUAUUAGUGUGCAUUAUCAGGGUUACCACAGUGUCCUGUGUGUUUGAUCCUUGGUCUGCCGUGGCAGCGUGCGAGUACACAGUUUCCAGGUUACAGCAGGUUUCCUGUGGGUUUGAGUCUCAGACUGCCAUGGUUCAUUGACUCUGGUUGAUUCUAUGCAGCGCUUGUCAUGACAGGUGUUCUGUUGUUUUGGACUUGAGGUUCCUUGUACGAGUUCUGACAUUUCAGGCUCGCAAGAAAGUAUUUUUCUUGGAACCGUGGGGUCUAUGGACUUUUGCGCAUAGCCAAGUUGCAGCAGGUUUGGUUCCCUAUAUGGGGCUCUGACAGGCUUCUCGGGUAAGUAUUAGGAAAAAAGGUGGCUUCUGUAACCCGUUUUUGGAGCUGGUUGAACUUGUGUGUGCUUGGGCUGCCGUGGACCUCUUGGCUUGGUAUCCUCUGAGCUGGCUUGGGGCAUGAUUGUAUGUCCCCAUAGUAUGUUAUACCGUGUGACUGACUGAAGGGGAACGUACAGUUAUGAAUAUAACUACUGUUCCCUGAAGGAGGCAACGAGGUAUAACGUAUUUGGGCCCCGAGCGUCAGGGGAUUUGGGCUUGCUGAAGAGCGGUACUGAAGAUCCUCCUUCAGGGACCAGUAGUUAUAUUCAUAACGGUAUGUUUCGCAAGACAUUGUUAACUAGCAAUAGCACAAUGACUAGAAGUCUACAGGAACAAGUAACGCUAGUUAGCAAUUGCGCUAACGCUAGUUAGAAACUUCCUUCAAACUGCAUUCAGAGACAUAAAAAUGGUAUCCAUGAGUUCUAUCUGACUACGUUGGUCGAAAAGUGGCUUAAUUGCCACAAUCUCGUACUAUCCCUUUAAAAGCGCAUCUCGACAAAAAAACAAAACAAAAAAAAAACUAUAUUUUUCAGUCAGAAUAAGUGUACUUAUAUAUAACAUCUGGCAGUGACUCCAGCUUCCCUGCCAGACCAGUUAAAGCCCUAUAGGCUGCCACGCACCGGGCCUGUGUGUGUGUAUAUAUAGCUCCUAAUGACUGGCUCUGGGCUGCUGUUUGCAAAGCAGCAAUUACAGCGCGGUUGCCACCGGUGAUCGGUUGGAUGUUUUCCUUGGUUGCCAUGGCAGUGGUAGGAGGCGGUGCAGACAGCGGAGCGGAGAGUUCUGGUGCUGUUCCGUGUGAUCUCCCUAUUGUGAACUCACUCAGCCAAUCAGAGCCGGAGAGACACACCCUUGUUGUCAUUGGAUGCACUGGGGAAGGUUGAAUGAACUAAAACUCAGAAUAAUGAAAGGAGCCUAGCUAUAUCCAGGACAUAUUAUGUAGAUGUCGUAUCAAUACUAUGAGUUUUUAUUGUUACAAAUUAUAACACAUGGCCUAAUGUUUUGCACACUUUCUUAUGUUAACAUAGGUUGAGAGCACUAAGUCAGCUGUUUUUCCAAAUAGGAUAGAAAUGACCAAGUGUCAUUAUGCCAGGGGCCUGUGGGUGGCGACAGUGAGCUGAUAGUGUUGUCCCAUAUACUUUCAGCUCAUCUCUUAUCUGUCCAUUAGGCCUAACUCUUCACUGUCCUUAUCACUGUCCUUAUCACUCCCAUAGCCACCAUGUUCCCACUUUCACUGGACAUGGACAAAGCAAUCACCUCAAUCAUUACAGCAGAUACCAACUUGCUUUACUGGACUUCACUAAUGAACCAAUCAAGGACCGGACAUGUUCAGUAGAGAGGGAUCUUGUACAGAAGAAUUGAACACUCAGGCUCCAAAAGCCAAUAUCUGUCUGGUGCAUCAUCCUGGGAGGGACCAAGCCAGAAUAAAGACAAGACCAGUCCCAUAGCUUCUCCAUGUUAGCCAGUCAAAUCUCCUUUUCCUUUUAGUAAUAUGAGUUUUCUAUGUAAAUCGUAAUAUGGGUUUUACAGUACCAUGUUAGCCGCAAGGCUAAUAUGGGAUUUGCAAGCGUGUCAAUGUUUGGGUUUACCAAUCUGAAUGAACGGUGAUUUGGGAUAGCACAGCACAUUAACCCAAAUAAACAUGCCAAACCAGAAUUGGGUCCUACCAUGUUAUGAAAGGUUAUAAGUGGGAUAUGAAAGGUAUUUAGGUUCAUAUUCUAUGUUGGAGUAAUCUGCUGUAACUCCUGAGAGGCUUGUGAUGAUGCCCUCAUAAUUGUCUUUUGGUUUUGGACAGACAAGCACAUGUGCGCGCACACACAUACAGUACAUGUACACACACACACAUACAGUACAUGUACACACACACACAUACAGUACAUGUACACACACACACAUACAGUACAUGUACACACACACACAUACAGUACAUGUACACACACACACAUACAGUACAUGUACACACACACACAUACAGUACAUGUACACACACACACACAUACAGUACAUGUACACACACACACACAUACAGUACACACACAUUUUGGGGUCUGUGGCCCAAGCCCAGUUGUCCUGUAAUUCCAGAUUAACAGAACUCAGCAAUAGUGAGACAACAUUGGCCCACUACUCCUGGCCUCACUCUGAUGUUACAAGACUGAGCUGUCAUUAAGAGAUAGACGUGUGCCAUCUGCCACUGUGGCUCGAGACCUAGGACCAAAACACACACACACACACACACACACACACACACACACACACACACACACACACACAGUCACAGUGCAAUUUGAUAAGGCUUUCCUCUUCUGACUAAAUUAUAACGGGGCUGUCAUAUGCCGUAUUGUAUUAUAUUACUGAUGCUGGCUGAGUAUACAUGGUCUUUAACGACCUCUCUUUCUCUCUUUCUGCCUCUUCUAUGUGCUGAUAAUGAUGACCGACUGGGGAUCAUAUUCAGCGGUGUCUAACCUGGAUGAGGAGAGCAAGUGGACGGUCCACUACACAGCCCCGUGGCACCAGCAGGAGAACGUGUUCCUGCCCGGCAGCAGACCGCCCUGCGUAGAGGACCUCCACCGCCAGGCCAAGGUCAACCUCAAGACCGCACUGAGGGAGUGUGACAAGUUAAGGAAGGAUGGUUUCCGUAGCUCCCAGUACUACUCUCAGGGCCCCACCUUCUCUGGCAGGGCAGAGUCCCACAGCAGCCUGCAGGAUGAUGAGGACUACACAGACAAGAAGUCCAUGGCCUCGUCAGCGGAGGAUGACAAGUCCCUGCACCCCAUGAGGCCCCAGACCCCCCAGGAAGAGGAGGGGAUAGAUGAGUGUGACGGACAGGUGCGCUGCUACAAGGCCCCGACCCUCCCCACACCUGAGGAGAAGAUGAGGAUGCAGGCUCAGGCCGUGCCCACUGACGUCAUCCCUAUCAACGUCACAGGGGCAACGUUUGACCGGCAGGCCAGCAUCCGCCGCUCCCUCAUUAACACUGACACAGUCUCCCGCCGGCCCAAGAAGGUCAAACGCAGAAAGACUAUAUCAGGGCUGCCUGACAACAUCUGCACCGAACUAGUGGCGAAAGGACGUGGGGGCGAGCUCCGGCCACAUUCCAUGUUCAUCCCGGGACAGUAUUCCACAUUGGGAAGAGUCGGGAGCGGCAACUCAUCGCUCAGACAUUCCGAGACAAGGGACUCUGGUUGCCAGACUGAGGAGGUGAAGAUCGUUCCACCGUCCAUGCGGAGAAUCCGGGCUCAACGGGGACAGGGAAUCGCAGCCCAGAUGGCCGGAAUUUCCACUUCCUCGUCUACAGGAAGCAUCUCUGUCUCCAGUAGCGACGGCUGUUCCGGAAUGCUGGUCCUACCCCCGCAUCUGAAUGUAGAUGCCCAGCGCUUCCACAGUCUUCCCAGACCCGGGCCAAGGGUGUCUCUCAGUGCUGAGCCCAUCUACAGCAGCACCCCCAUCAGGCUGGAAGACCACAAUGCACCCCAGAGGCAGAUCGGCAAACUGCAGGUGGACAACACCGUGGUGCAUCUGAGAAACGCCCCCAGGACAGGUAAUCUGAGGCCCAAGUCUCAGGAGGUGCGGGGGUCCCAGACAGGGGACUGGGGUGGUGGUCCGGCAUGUGUGGUGUCCCCCCAUGCUGCCUACUCCACAUCCCUCAUCCCCAACGACACCAUGUCCUGCUCUGCCGAGGUCGUGACCCUCCAUACAUCCUCCAGCCAGCACCCCGGGACGGCCUACCCCAUCUCCAGGCCUCUCAGUCUGGCCACGGGCACCAGCAUGGACCCUCUGAGCUCCACCUCCUUCACCCACAGGACCACCUGCCCCGCCCGGGCCACCUCCACACCAACACAUACACAUCCCCAAGACGGAGAGUUGACUGCCCCGGCAACGCCCAGCGAAUCGGGUCGCUCGGAUGGCAGCCUGCACAGCCACACAAGCACCAUCGCCGCGACGACUCCGUCCUCGGCCGACGACCAGUGGUCAAUCUAUGACACACCGGAGAACGUGGUCCUGCCUCGGCGUCCUCUGACCUCUAGCUGCUCUACUCCCAUCAACCAUCUGAACAGCAGCAUGGAGCUGUCGUCCCGCACCGACUCCAGCUCCCUGUACUCCCAGGACAACGACGGCUACUACACCUCCAUGCACCUGGACUCUGGCCUGCGCUCCAGGAGCCAUGGUAGCGGGCAGGGCCACGGGGUGGUAGCCAGCCGGACUGCCAGACACAGCAUGUAUGAGUGCCGUGAGCUGCCUAGCCACGAGGAAGAUUCUAACAGUCUUUACAGCGACCGCUCACUGUCCCGCAGCAUCUCUCUCCGCAAGGCCAAGAAGCCGCCGCUGCCCCCGGCCCGGACUGACUCCCUCCGCCGCAAGCCUGGCGCGAAGAAGCCCCUGGGUGGAGUUAGUGCAGUUAGCGUGAGUGCUAACGGAUCAGUGCUGAACGAGACACUGAUCGCUAGCCUGCAGCAGAGCCUCCAGAUGGGGUUGAGAGAUCGAAAGGGGAAGGGCGUGUCCCCAUCCUCGCCCUCCCACAGCCCGUGCAGCGACUACGAAGACCCCUGGUUGCUGCGACCACGGAGCCAGAGCAGUGUGAGCGCCACCAGCUCCGCCACGUCGCUAGCGGCUAACAACACUAAUAGUGGCGUAGUGGCUAAUGUGUACUCGCUCUGUCAUGUGACGCCAGCUCACAGCGACACCAGCAGCCUGCGGUCCGACUAUGCAGAGUCCUGGGGCUACUACAUGGAUUACCCUCGUAACCAUGGAGACCAGGGGCCGCAGUCCCCCUCCACGCACCAACAACUCCCUGCUGCUAACAUUGUAGCGGGCACACACCCGAGGGGUCUGUCGAAUGGAAGUGGGGGUCUCCACAAUCACAUCAAUAUCCAGGCCUCGGCCCCUCCAGCCCAGGAGGGAGGUGUGGCCGUCAAGCUCAAGACGGCCACCUCGUCCCCGGACAGGAUCCAUAGACUGACCUCCCCCUCCAGCGGCUACUCCAGCCAGUCCAACACCCCUACGGCCGGCACCCCCGUGCCCUCCUUCAUGCGGUCCCAUUCCCCCUCAGGACGACCCAAGCCCAAAGUGCCAGAGAGGAAGUCUUCACUCCUGUCAUCUGUUUCUAUCUCCUCCUCCUCCACCUCCCUCUCCUCAAACGCCUCUGACUCUCUCAGGAAUUCUGGCAUCCCUCCUCCUCCCCCUCCUCCCCUGCCGCCCACCUCAGCACCCAUCAGCCCCCCACCUCCUUUCCCUGCUCCUCUCCCCCCAUCCAACCCCACUUCCCCCCCUCUGCCUCUCGCACCCCCGUUACCCACAACCCCUCAGGGCACCCCCAUGAGCCCACCCCCUUACUCCACCUCUCCAGACUUCCCUCCCCCUCCUCCUCCAGAUUCCCUCAUCCACCCCAGCCUCUCCUUCAACAGGACCCUCAGUCCUCCUCCUCCUCCCCCUCCAUUCCCCUCCAUGGUCCCUUCUCCUCCACCACCUCCCCCCCUGCCUGCCCCUGCUCCACCCACAGCCUCCCCUCUCACUCUGAAGGCAGCAAAGAACGCUCUAAAACCGGCUACGGUCACAAACAGCCCUGCAGCCAAGGAGGCCUGCAAGUCCCCCAUGCCCCUGAUCACCCCAUUCGCCCUGCAGAGUGUGCACCUCCGCUCAGUCAAGCAGCCAGAGGAGCAAGUCAACGGCAAGGCGGAACACACCAAAGCUCAGGAAACGGGGGGCAACCAGGCCUGGGCCCUCAAGCCCCAUACGCCGGAGAAGAUUAAGCAGCAGGAGCAUCCCACCAUGCUGCCCCUGAUAAACUGCACCAGUCCAGAGGAAAUCACCAAGGCCUCCUCAUCUGCUGUGAAGAAGCUCUUCGCUGAACUAUGCUCAGACUACAGUGAUUCUGAGGUGCUGCCAGGGGGCGCCAUCACCAACGCUAAACCUAAGGUACAAAGCCUGUCCAACAGCUCAGCCCAACCAGAUCAGGACGGGGAGCAGUCACCCCUCCCAAGCCUCGUGGAGGAGGCAAUCAAAAGCCCCCCAGUCAAACAGAAACCCUUAGUGGCCUCCAAGAAGCCCAAACUAUCCCUCAUCACCCCCCAGUCUGUGGUGGGAGAGGAGACCGCCCAGACUACCACCACACUGAGCCCCCCGGAUGAGUCAACCACCACAGAAGAAGACCAAGUGGACGCUAAAGUGAGAGAGGAAGAGACGAAAGAGGAGGAAAAUGAGGAGCAGGAGGAAGAUGAGAUUUCAGCAGAGAUUGAGGUUUCCUCAGCCCUGACAGAGAGUAGUGAACCUUCCACCUCCACGGUGAGCCCGGAGGAGACCCAGCCUCCGGCCACCGUCACGCAGGGAACAAGCCUCGCUGGGGGGCAGGAGCGGAACAACAGAGAGGCUGAGGAGGAAGACGAGGAAGACGAGGAAGAAGAUGAGGAAGAUGGGACCAGUAGUACCACUGGAUCAGUCAGCUCUAAGGACGACGAGAGUGGUGAGGUGUUUGAUUCAAGCAGCACUCCUGAGUCUUCACCGGCCCCCAGGAUCCACAGGCGGGGGGAUAUGGUGACCCCCACACGCCCCCGAACUACCGAGGACCUCUUCGCUGCCAUCCACAGGUCCAAACGGAAGGUCCUGGGUCGUAAGGAGUCUGAGGAGGACAAGCCGCAGGGCCACUCCCCCUGUCCGUCUCCCCCCGUCACCCCCACGGGCGCCUCCCCCAGCCUAGUAGCCUCGCUGUCCAUGGGCAGGCAGACGGGCUCCAUUCAGCGCAACCUGCGUAAGUCUGCCACCAGCAGCGACACCUUCAAGGCUCUGCUCCUGAAGAAGGGAAGCCGCUCUGAGACCAGCUUCCGAAUGUCGGCCGCCGACAUGCUGCGUUGCACAGACCCGCGCUUCCAAAGGACGCGCUCCGAGUCCUCCCUGGACCCGCCAUCCUCACCAUCGUCGCCGACAACACCACACAGCCCUUGCGCUUCCCCAGGUCGCAGCAAGAGGGCGCCAGAGGAGUGGGCCCGCAACGAGGGCCUGUCCUACUCCUCCCCAUCAUCAUCACUGAGCGGCAUGAAGUACGGGCGAUCGCGAACGCCGCCCUCUGCUGCCAGCAGCAAGUACAACGCCCGCAACCGCAUUCUGAGCAGCCCUAUGACGGUCAUCUGCGAGCGUGAGGGAGAGUUAGCUGAGAGCGCAGAGUGCGGAGACGUCCCUGACAGCCAGCCCUGCCCCUUGCCCCUCCCCCUGAUCCAGGGUUCCAACGGCACUUUAUCUGAGGAGAGCAGUAGUUAGAUAGAAGGGACCGCCCCCUGGAUACAGGGACUUGAACUCGCUCAUGGUCGCCGGGGAGGGGUGGGCCCAAUGGUGGCCCCCCCACAGACUCAUGUGCCCCCUGAGCCCCACCCCUGGCUCCAACCACCCCUGGCUCCAGAUCCUGUAGAUUUUGGACCUGGUUCUGAGGAAGCGGACCUGACUGGCCCUCAGACCGACCGGACUGUUCUUAGUCUGAAGUGGAGACUGACUCAGCUGCAGCUUUUCAAGACUAAUUUUCCUCAAUCACAUUUCUGCAUUUAAUUUUGAUAACCCAUUGUUUGUGUUACAAAAAAAGUAAUCAUUAUUGUUUUUUUCCAAAGACUGAUUUUCCCGUUUUGUUUGUUUGCUCGUUUUAAUAAAAAAAAUAUUCCUGUUAGAGCUUCAGAGGUGCUGAUUGUAUUCAGGGUUGGUUCCUGUAGUUUUUAGGUUUCUCUAAGGUUAAGUGAAAAGCUAAGGUGAUAUGAAGGUAUUGAAAAGUGACAAUUGUUUUUAUUUUGGCUGCAGUGGUGACAUUAGUUAGUCAGGCGGUGGAAUGUGGAACUUGAAGGUGUGCUAGGGGCUGGCUUAAAUGCAGUGUAUUUCUGCUCUGCUUGCUGUUCAUCUCCUGUUAUCUUGAGUCUUAACAUACCAUUGCUUGUGAGUAUGUAUGGUAAAACAAUAUAGAACAUGUGGCAAACAGUAACAGAACGGUACACCAAAUGGUUCCGGGACACAGCUCCAGCUUUGGUUUUUGUCAAGUCAAUCUUUGUCAAUCUGCUCUUUGAAGUCUGUGGUUUGCAGGGGCUGGAACUUUCAGUGGUCAAGGGGAAGUGCAGAGGGCUCGUGACUGCCCCAUAGGGACAGGCAGGUGAAGAGACGCACAUGUACAAUGGCUAGGUCUAUUCUACACAAGACACACAGCCAAUAUGAUGGAUUUAAUAUGGAGGUUUGGAAAACCUUGGAUUUUUGGAAUUUUAGUUUGUAGAUUUGCACUGUCCAUAUGUGUUUCCUUUUUCUUUGUUUGUGUAAUUUUAAAACCAUGUGUUUAGAAUUGUUUAAUCAUUAAGCCUGUGUUUAGGUAUCCUCCUUUUCCCUCACAUGUUUGGAAAUUAAGAAUUAAUCUUUAAAAAAGUCAAAUGAAAAAAAUAUUAACUAUAAACUGUCAUUUUUAUUUGUGAUCAUUUUGGUUACCAAAGAGCUAAACAAUUAAAUGUAGCCUGCUGUUUAUGCUAAUAUGGAUAAAAUCUGAAUCUGUGAUUAGCCGUACUGGACCGGACCUAUUGACCGAGGUUCAGUAUUGUGGAGUUUGAUGAGAUGACCUUCUAGGGUUUAGGAUUACCAUCACACAGUUUACGUUUCUACUAGGUUUCUCUCUCUUGCGCAGUUUUAUAUGGUUCUUUUUGUUUAAAAAAAGUUUUCAAAGACUUUGUAAUUUUUUUGAGCCCUUGUUGAAAGGGAGUGUUUUUAUUUUGUAGACUAUUUAUUUUAAAAUAGUGAGGAUGUGGUACUCCAACACCCAGCCAACCAGCAGUCAGGUACUCCAACACCCAGCCAACCAGCAGUCAGUACUCCAGCCCCAGACAACCAGCAGUCAGGUGGAGGUGAGGAAAGGUUUGGAGCAGGGAGGGAUCGGGAGGUGAGGAAAGGUUUGGGGUGGGGAGGGAUCGGGAGGUGCAGGAAUAAGUGGAGAGCCUGGACCACAGUUCACGGGCUAGGUUUACAAAGCUAGAGCAAAUAUUGUAACAUUUAUAGUGGUAUUAAAAACCUAAAGAGGUACAACAGUGGUUAACAAAAAUAUUCCACCCUGGUGCAAAAGCUCAGUAAAUCUGACCUGAUGUGUCAUAGAGGAGGUGACAAGCGUGACUCUUCCUACCCUCGUAGAGCCUGUAACAGCCCAGGUUUAAUCACCUGUGACCAAUGGGCCUCGCAGGGUUCAGACCCAGCCAUGAUUCAGAGCUCGUCUCAGUCCGGCUCAUGAUGGGAGUUUAUGAAGUCUCAAUCUCAGCUCGCUGAGGAGGGGAAGAGAGGAGAGGGAUGAAAUAAAGGUGGGGGAGACAGUGGAUGUAAAGGAGGCAGGCAGGCUAACCUCUUGUGUAUAUGUCUGUGUAAUAAAACAUGUUGAUAUUUA